CUGCCGUUGUUGAGUAAACUACAUGGACAUUAGCGGGUGCAGCGGCACAAACACCGGAACCGAAGUGGAUUAAAACAGCGAGCCUGUGUGUGGACAGUCAGUCUAUAACGACCGUGUAACCAAGUGAAACACCCCGGCAGGCAGGGAGAGAGAGAGAGAGAGCUCGGCGGGAAUGGCUUCAUCUCCGUGCGGCAACAGUAACUUUGAUUCCGGGCUGGAAAUCAAAACUCGCUCGGUGGAGCAGACGCUUAUUCCUCUGGUAUCGCAGAUCACAACUCUGAUCAACCACAAAGAUAAGCCAAAGAAGUCGGAGCGCACCCUGGCAGCCAUCCACAGGGUGGGCCAGGCAGUUAGUGUAGCUGUAGGACGAUUUGUCGCUGUCGGGGAGGCGAUCGCCGCCGAGAACCAGGAGCUGAAGGAUGAGAUGGGUCAAGCUUGCUUUGAGGCACGCCGGGCAGGUGAUGCCAUAGCCCAGCUGACAGAUGUGGGCUCAGCCGUGCCAUCACAGUCAGACGGACGUGUCACGGUGUUCAGUGAUAGGACAGGCAUGGUGAAAGCUGCCCGCCUCCUGCUCUCCUCUGUCACUAAAGUCCUGGUGUUAGCCGACCGCAUUGUCAUCAAACAGAUAAUCACAUCACGCAACAAGGUCCUGGUCACCCUCGACCAUCUGGAAAGAGUCAGCACCUUCCAGGAAUUUGUGCAGAUUUUCAGUCAGUUUGGCAACGAGAUGGUGGAGUUUGCCCACCUCACUGGAGACAGACAGAACGACUUGAAGGAUGAGAAGAAGAAAGCACGGAUGGCAGCAGCCAGAGCAGUGCUGGAGAAAUGCACCAUGAUGCUCCUCACAGCCUCCAAGACCUGCCUAAGGCAUCCAGAUUGUGAGUCGGCACGGAUCAACAAAGACGCCGUGUUCCACCGAAUGCGCUGCGCCCUGGAGCAGGUCAUCGAGAUCGUCACUGAGGCACGGAGCAGCGGAGAAAACAAGAUCCUUCCUGCCAGUAUCUACAACGGCAUCAAGGACUUCAAGUCCAGCGUGGAGUGCCUGCGGGAGAACCUGUACUCCUUCCCUCCCCAAAGCAUGGGCAGCCAGCUGGAGGCGCUGGUGGAGCGGACGGAGGACUUCACCGACUCGGCCUACACCAGCCACGAGCAGCGGCAGGCCAUCCUCGGUCUGUGCCAGCUGGCGCGCCAGGAAACCCAGCAGCUGGUGCACGCCUGGGUUGAGGCGCAGUCUGUCCACGCCAAAGAGGCCACAGAGGACAUGGAGGUGUCCAUCCUGAAGACCUGCCAGAGCGUCAAUGACCUCAGACGUGAGCUCCAUAAGGUGGCAGUCGGCCGUGCGUCAGACUUGCUCAAAGUACACGGGGAGCAGUUGCCUCUACGGGCUCUCAAAGCCGCAGGCGCCGAGGGGAACCUUGAGGCAGUGGCAGAGUAUUCACGCACGCUCACUGAGCAGAAGGAGCAGCUGGUGGAGACAUGUCGGCUGCUGUCCCACGUGUCAGGGUCCGAGCCUUUGGAGAUCACCUGUAUACACGCUGAGGAGACCUUCCAUGUCAUUGGUCCGCAGAUCAUCUCUGCAGCUCAGACGCUGGCUCUGCACCCGUCCAGUAAGAUCGCUAAGGAGAACCUGGAGGUGUUCUGUGAGGCCUGGGAGUCCCAGCUCUGUGACAUGGCCCUGCUGCUGAGAGAGAUCAAUGACACAUUUGAAGGCAGGCGAGGAGACAAAAGACCAUAUUUGUCACUCCCCAGACCUGGAAAACACUCAGCGAACCUCAAGACUGCCAAGGCUGUCAAGUUGGAUGCAGAGGAGCAGACAAGCAUGGCCAAGUUGGGCCUGGAGCUCCGUCUUCUGUCCUCGGACGUGGACACGGAGGUGGAGAAAUGGGAGGAGCAGGAGCAUGAGAUUGUACGACAGAGCCAGAGCCUGGCCAGUAUGGCCUACAACAUGCACCUGUUCACCAGAGGGGAGGGGCUGCUGAAAACAACACUGGAUCUCUUUCAUCAAGCUGAGGUUCUCUCUGAAGAGGGGCUCCAGCUGUGCUCAUCUCUCCGCACUUUUUCUGCUCAGCUGGUUGAUGAGGAGAAGUCUGCGGUGAUGACAGAGAUGGAGAAACUGGUGGCUUUGUGCCAACAGCUGCAGAUGGGGGCAAAGACUCCAGUGCAGGGCAAGACUGCCACCUUUCAGAAGGUGGACUCAUCCAUCCAAACAACCAGAAGUAUCCUGACUGUGGUCCUCUCCCUCCUUCCGAUCUGCAACAAACUCAACAGAAAGUACAAGUCAGAGAGGACCAGCCUGGGUUCCCCACAGGACUGGAGAGAGAGGCAGGAUGCAUCCACGCCCGUCAAAGAGGACGCAGCUCUCAACAACAACAAGAACAGUAAUGGCUUCGGUGUCAAAUCCUUGGAGCAGCACAUGGCCGGCCUCAACCUCCUAGAGAGCAAAUAAUCCAGGAAAUAGCCACCUCCUUUGUCUUUAAAGUUCUCCUUGGGAGCAGCACAUAGCCAACGUCACCUUUGUGGAGGAAGAAAACACUUAAAUCCCCUCAUCCUCAUACACCCAGCAGAAGUGGGAGACUUGUCAGGGUCAGUCAGAGUUUAAUGGAUGGAGAUCCAAGCUUUCUGUACCCUAAGCGUAGCUUUUUACCAGUUCCAACCUAAUCCACAAGAUGGAGACAAUCAGACAAUACAGUGACUUUGCAGUGAGCCUCUUUGAAGAGUGUGAGAGGCUUGGCACAAACCUAAUUUUAGAGAUACCAUUUCUCUGGACUUUGAUUGGAUAAAAUGAUCUGAAAUCAGGAAAGAACUCCUCUUGAUGCUCAGCCAUACAUCUGUCUUCACUAUGUGCCUCUGCUUUGUGGUGUACUGUAAACGUGUUGCACAUGUAAGCCAAACGAAAAAAACAAAAAAACAGUGAAUAUGCUAAAAAUUCAGUGCAUGAUGCCAUCAACAAUCCCCCGUGUUUGGGUCUCUUAUGAUCGAUGUGUCAUAGUUUUGUAUUGUUCUGUAUUAUUAGUCAUUAUAGUGCAUUCUGUCCGCUUAUCACGGUAUUGUAUUCUGAAUCUCACUUAAAUAGAGACGUAUUUUAAAGUCAUUCUUUAAUGUCUUGUUUCCAUACGGUUUGCUAUGGAAUGUUUCCAUGUGCCAUGUUUGUGACAAAGUGAAAAACUCACAAUAUAAGCCAAAUAUGAUUGUCAUCAUGAAGACACUCUGGUCUUCAGCUUGCUACUUGUAUGAACUAUAAAGCUCUUAGUCCUCCUGUGUGAAUAAUGGGGGGCUUACUUUUUAUUUGGGCCUGCUUUCUCUAAAAACAAAUCAGACGGUUGUUUUUAUUUUGGGACGUCAGUAUCAUAGUUUAUUAUUAAAUCACAUGCUGUCUGAAGAGUUUUUUUCUUCCCAUAAAGAAAUGAACUGGCACCAGUGGCAAAUAGAGCCAUGAAGUGUACUUGAUAUGAAGACUAUCAUUGUGAAGCUGCCUCGUUGUGAUAAAUGGUAUAUGAUACUGUAUGUAAAAUAUGGUACUUGAAGCAGAGAUAUAUAAAUAUAUACACACUAUUGUAUCCUAAGGCUAUGACUUUGGUACUAGGUGAGGGUCUGAUGACUGAAAUAGAAUAUACAUUAAGCUUUGUACAGUAGGAGUGCAGCAAAGGAUGCUGGGAAUUUUAGGGGCACUACAGAUGUGAAGAAAUCAGAUAUAGUUUUGGACCAUCUAUUCUUUUGACAAUUGAAGAGGUUAAUAAAAGUGACACAUAAAAAAUAAACAAUAUUUUUCUUA